GUCGGGGCCGCUGACGUGUGCAGGGAGGACUUCAGGCUCUGAGCUCAGGAAUCAUCCUGGUGGUGCUAAGGGACUGACUAUACGGGAUGCUGAAUUUUAAACCUGGGCUGCUGGAAUUUGAAUGAAUAAUUGACUGACCAGCAUCAUUUUACCAUUUGGAAUGAGUUAUCAGAAAUGGGCACGGUGCUUUUAGAUCCAACAUGUAACAGAUGGCUGUUACUCCAUGGUGAUUAUUUCUUCAAGCCAGCAGUUUUUUGAUUGUAUAGGAUCUUUGUCUUUUCAUCUCUGAAUUGCACUUGUUGGCAAGUAAAAUAAAAAGAGUUCAUGUAGUUUUUGCCCACGCUUGAGUCAUCAUGAGUAGUAGCUUAGGAAAAGAAAAAGACUCUAAAGAAAAAGAUCCCAAAGUACCCUCAGCCAAGGAAAGAGAAAAGGAGGCCAAAGCCUCUGGUGGUUUUGGGAAAGAGAGCAAAGAAAAAGAACCUAAGACCAAAGGGAAAGAUGCCAAAGACGGUAAGAAGGACUCAAGUGCUAUCCAACCAGGGGUUGCUUUUUCUGUGGACAAUACGAUCAAACGGCCAAAUCCAGCACCUGGAACUAGAAAGAAAUCUAGUAAUGCAGAGGUAAUUAAAGAGCUCAACAAAUGCCGGGAAGAGAAUUCAAUGCGUUUGGAUUUAUCCAAGAGGUCUAUACACAUAUUGCCAUCAUCAAUCAAAGAGUUGACUCAAUUAACAGAACUUUAUUUAUAUAGCAACAAAUUGCAGUCCCUGCCAGCAGAAGUGGGCUGUCUAGUAAAUCUCAUGACACUGGCUUUAAGUGAAAAUUCGCUUACCAGUUUGCCUGAUUCUCUUGAUAACUUGAAGAAGCUGCGAAUGCUUGAUUUAAGGCAUAAUAAACUGAGAGAAAUUCCUUCAGUGGUAUAUAGGCUAGAUUCUCUCACCACUCUUUACCUUCGCUUUAAUCGUAUAACUACUGUGGAGAAGGACAUCAAAAACCUGUCAAAACUCAGCACGCUUAGCAUUCGAGAGAACAAAAUCAAACAACUACCUGCUGAAAUUGGUGAAUUGUGUAACCUCAUUACUCUGGAUGUAGCUCACAAUCAACUUGAACACCUUCCAAAGGAGAUUGGAAACUGCAUACAGAUAACCAACCUUGACUUGCAGCAUAAUGAGCUGUUGGACCUCCCAGAUACUAUAGGAAACCUAUCUAGCUUAAAUCGUCUUGGUCUGAGAUAUAACAGAUUGUCAGCAAUACCCAGAUCGUUGGCAAAAUGCAGUGCACUUGAAGAAUUAAAUUUAGAAAACAAUAACAUUUCUACUUUACCUGAGAGUCUUUUAUCAAGUCUUGUGAAUCUGAAUAGUUUGACCUUAGCUAGAAAUUGCUUCCAGUUAUAUCCAGUAGGUGGGCCAUCUCAAUUUUCCACCAUCUAUUCUCUCAACAUGGAACACAAUCGAAUUAAUAAAAUCCCAUUUGGAAUUUUCUCCAGAGCAAAAGUAUUAAGUAAGCUGAAUAUGAAGGACAAUCAACUGACAUCACUUCCCCUGGAUUUUGGAACUUGGACGAGUAUGGUAGAGUUGAAUUUAGCCACUAAUCAGCUCACAAAGAUCCCUGAAGAUGUAUCUGGUCUUGUUUCUCUUGAGGUUUUAAUAUUAUCGAAUAAUCUUCUAAAGAAGCUUCCCCAUGGUCUUGGAAAUCUUAGGAAAUUAAGAGAAUUGGAUUUAGAGGAAAACAAAUUGGAAUCCUUACCAAAUGAAAUUGCUUAUCUUAAAGAUUUACAGAAACUAGUCCUAACAAACAACCAGUUAACCACUCUUCCCAGAGGUAUUGGUCACCUCACCAAUCUCACACAUCUAGGCCUUGGCGAGAACCUUCUUACUCAUCUUCCUGAGGAAAUUGGUACACUGGAGAACCUAGAAGAACUGUAUUUGAACGACAACCCCAACCUGCACAGCCUUCCCUUUGAACUGGCUCUUUGCAGCAAGCUUUCAAUCAUGAGUAUUGAGAACUGCCCACUUAGUCAUCUUCCACCUCAGAUUGUUGCUGGGGGUCCUUCUUUCAUCAUUCAGUUCCUAAAAAUGCAGGGUCCAUAUCGUACCAUGGUCUGAUACAAAUCUGCUGGUCCCACACACUGUUCAAAAAUAGACUGUCAUGAUGUUUCAUAUCUAUAUCUGUAUCUAUUUAUGUAGAUAUUGAUCUAUUUGGCAGAUUUGUGAAGACUGCAUUAUGUGUUUAUGCUAAUAGAGGAAUCAUAGCCAUUUAGAUUUUUUUAAUUCUGUACAAAAGGCUUAUAUAAGUUUUCUUUGCUGAAGUUGAUGUUUUUCUGUUGUGUAAUAUGAUAUACCACUUGCUUAAAACAUUUGCCAACAAAUUAUGAAGUCAUAAAAUUUAAGUGACAAGUAGUAUAGUUAGAUACUUUCCCUGGACAAAAGCAAUGGGCAAUUUUGUUGCAACUACACGUUUUCCCCUUGCCAAUUAUCAGAUCUUUAUAGUAUUAGAAGCCCAAAGGUAGAAUUUUUCUUUAUUUUGAAAUUGAGAUUUAAAUUUUGUAUAUUGUUUACAGUCAGAGUAAAUCACGGAAUUUUUUAAUUUGCUCUGCUUAAUCAGAUCUAGAGCUCAUAUCCUCUGCUAGUGAAUUUGCAUUGACUGGAUUAAAUAUUAAAAGAUAUUUGCUGUUGAAACAACUGACAGUAAAAAGAUAGCCAUAAAAAAGUCUAAAUUUUUCAAAUUAUGUUUCUCAAAUCAGUUGUGAGUCUUUGGGGGGAGGUUAUUAAGGCCUUUAUAAGUACAAGUAUCUUUUCUUAAAUUUGGGGAAAGAAAAACUUGUAAUGCAAAUGAGUUUUUUUCCUGAAAGUUGCAGAGCCACAAAAACAAUAAUUUGGAAAAAAAUUACACAUAAACAUCUACAUUCUUUAAAUGUAUAUACAAUGCUAUAUAGAUCUGUAUUUAUUAUAUCAUAAACUACAAUAGGUAACUUUAAGAAUUUCUCCCUAUCCUUGUAUAAUGAAAUGAAUGUUUUUCUUUGAACACUGCAAUAUAUAUAUGUUUCAAGGUUAUUUAACAGUGUACUAUGGUUUUAUAUCUUGACUUGCCUUGUACAUCUUUCAAUUCUGGAAUAUCUGCGUCUAAGCACAAUAUCUUCACACUGUGCUGUCUUGCUGCUGAACUAAAUGCACUUUUCCCCAUAUAUGGGGCACUGGCUUCAAACAAUUCAGUUCAGUACCAUUCAUUUUAAUAUCAUUUUUCCUUUCUUGGUCAUUGUUACAGAAAAGAGGCACAUUGCAUAGAAGCCAUUGAUACUUCAGUGGAAGUUCUGUAAGAUGUGCAUGUGCUAUUUGAAAUAUUUUUUUUUUUUUGCUUUACUACUUUUAAGGCUAGCAGUAUUGUAAAUUUGUGCCCCUUAUAUCCUUACCUUAGUAGUAUUGAUCUAAGUCAGUUUAAUUACUGAAGAGAUUCACAGCAAGUGCAUUCUAGGUAUCAUCCUAAAAACACCUCCCAUGUACACCUGUUAAAUAUAAUCACUUAGUUUAUAAUUGCUGCUUUUUUUCUUCUAUUUUCCCAUUUUUAUGGGCAUUGUGUUGUAUACCAUUUUUGAAUUAUGACUGUAAUUGGAGAAAUUUGGAAUGCUUUGCUUUUCCAAGCAUUCAAAUUCAGGACUAAGUUUGAGGUCAAGUCUGUAUUUGUAAUUGGCAACUUUUUAAAGGAGCAACUAAGAAAUAGAAGGCAGGUGAAGAUAUAAAACCCUAGAAUGCUUAAAUGUGCCGUAAAAUUAUUGUAGAUGUCACUGGAUUUUACCAAGUAAUAUCCUUUCUUCUUUUUUUCCCCCAUCUACUGUGGCUCUUCAGUUAAAAUUUGUUUAUAAAAAGAAUUUGUUUAUUAUAGCUCUACUUA